AUGAACCCCUCCAAUGGCUCCUCGCUGUCGACAUCCAAGAGCAACUCGACACUGCGCCCACGAACCCGAAGAUUGAUCUCCGUAGAAGAUGACAUAUAUGCAACCGACGGGAAUGAGAGCGGAUCGAGCAGGGCCACGUCAAGGUUAGCCUCGCGGAACACAUCUCCUACCCCAAAUGCACGCACAGGCGGCGCUUCCUCCUCGCGUCUGAACGUCACUUCCGCACCGUCAUCGUCCUUCCAGAGAUCUUCCGGCACCUCGACCCCGAAAUCGCCCUCGCAAACACUCUCUGGACUAUGGGGCAACUCUUUGGCGGCAAUCCAGGGUAUUGCCGCUACCGUCCUGGCUAGCGACGGUACCCCAGGCGACUCCGGAAACACUCGCAGGCGCACAAAACCGGGUCAUGGGCGACGUACGUCUACGAGCGCACCACCGCCGAAACAAUGGGGCCCGGCAGGCGCAGGCUCGCAUGUUGGGGCUGGAACACACGAAGAAAGAGAGGCCAUGGUCAGAGCAAUGAAGCGGAAAGACCUGUUGACCGCUGGCGAGCAUCUGGUUCCCGACUCUGUUGGCCGUAUAAAGCGCAGGAAUUCGGAUGAACGACUUAGCGCGUCCGCACCUCCCAGUGAGAACGACGACCGAGAUGCACUCGUAUACAUCCACCACGUUCGGCCGCAGGACACACUGGCUGGACUCAGCAUCAAAUUCAACUGCGAGCAAGCUGUAUUACGCAAAGCCAAUCGUAUGUGGCCGAACGAUAGCAUACAGUUUAAGAAGCAGGUGGUGCUACCAGUAGAUGCUUGUGGCGUAAAGGGAAGGCCAGUUCAGGGCCCGGAUGCUCUUCCUGCUGAAGACCUACUAUUGGGAGAGUAUGGUGAUGGUUCGAGUUCCAAGGCCCCAGUUCCAGAUACUCAAGGUCUGCCUGAUGGCUGGACCACACCGAAAAAGAAAGACCAAGAGAGCAAUUCAGUCCCCUCCGAUGCGGAAACCCCAUGGAAACAUGAUUCAUGGGUGCUCCUCCCUAAUGAUAAACAGCCCACACAGAUCGGCCGCAUGCCACGCAGAGCACUUGGCUUCUUCCCACCCGCUCGGCGGAAGUCCCUCGCGUACUCCGACGCAUCAACACCUCGUGCAUCCGUCGACCUUCCGCGCUCCUCCACGUCCACGAAUCCACAUACCAGCUCUCCCUCGCAGUCUGUUCGACCCCGUGCGUCGAGCAAUCUGUCAUCUGCCUCAGCCCACAGCCGCCAAAGGAGCACAUCAGGCAAAGCAUGGGGUCUGCACGGCCCAGGAGGUGUCGGUACAAUGGGCAGAAACGUGCGGAGCCCUGGGCCUGCGCAGGAUGGUCUGAACAAAAAGUUUGGUCAGUACCUGCCCAACAUGGCGCCCCCACCCGGUCAGGAAUACUUCACACCGUGGGCACCAGGCCUGUUGGACGCAGGUACCGGGACGUCGAGUCAGUACGGCGGAUCCGGUGCUGUCACACCGCUCAGCGGUAGCGGCUUGGAUUUUCAAGAGCUUGGAGGUGCUAUAGAAGGAUGGGUGAGAAAAGUUGGUACACAAGCACAGAAGCUUUUGAAUGAGCCAGGUACACCCGGACAGGGGAAACGCAGUGCCGUGCCUGUCGUAGGAGCUGUCGGCGGCGAUCUGGGUGAUCUCAUAGAGCUCCAAGAUGAUGCUUUUGAGAUGGGAGAUGGUGAAAGGGACAGGGGCAGAUCGAGGGCGGAAGAGACGCUUGCAUCGACGAACGAGCGCUCGGUAUCAAGACCAGCACAGCAAUAUCAAUACUGUGCGGGUCAUUUCUUCUAUCCAUCUAAAUUGUGGGUGCGAGAUCCCUACAUGUCCGCCAGAAGUGCAUUAGGCAGGUCAUCUGCUUUGCUGCGGCAUGGAUCGGCAUAUGAGUCUACUCCACUCCGACGAUACCUUACCACACGAUCACCUGCAACAUUCCUUGCACUGAACGCUCGUCUUGCACUACAACAAGCUCUGAGUGGGAGACGAACCAUCUACCAAGCUACAAAGUCGAACCAGACUCCUACGCCAUCAGUUACGAGAGCAGCAACGUUCGCCACGAUGCAUCGCUCCCCCGCCGCUAUGGUUACAAAACCAAUGGCGGAUCCUAAUAUUGAGAUCCGCACCCCAAGGGACCCAAACACCUUGUCUAACUAUCACAACUUUGUGACCAGGCAUACGAGUGUCGAUUUUGAUAUCGAUUUCCAGAAGAAGCGGUUGUUUGGAAGUGUAGUGUUGACGUUGGAGAGUCUGACGGAUGAGGAGGUGAAAGAUGUUGUAUUGGAUAGCAGCUUCCUUGACAUCUCCGUCGUAGAAGUCGAGGGUAAAAGUGUCAAGUUCAACGUUGGCGAUCGUGUGGAGCCCUAUGGCAGUCCUCUUACCAUUACGCUUCCAUCCAAGGUUCCCAAAGGCAAGACUGUCGAUGUUGAGAUCAAGGUCGCUACUACCGACAAGUGCACCGCACUUCAGUGGAUGACGCCAGCUCAAACCUCGAACAAAAAGCACCCGUACAUGUUUUCGCAAUGCCAGGCCAUCCAUGCACGGUCUGUCUUCCCUUGCCAGGAUACUCCGGAUGUCAAGUCAACUUUCAGCUUUGCCCUACGCUCGCCGCUACCGGUGCUUGCCUCGGGUCUACCUACUGGAGCCAGUGACUAUCUACCUGCGAAGAAGGACGGCGAGAGCGGCACCAUGAAAUACACGUUUGAACAAAAGGUCCCGAUGACAGUGUACCUUUUCGCUGUUGCGAGUGGAGAUCUAGCGUGCGCAAGCAUUGGCCCCCGCAGUACGGUAUGGUCCGGACCCGAAGAGCUCCUUGCGUGCAAAGAUGAACUUGACGGCGAAAUCGAACCCUUCAUGAAGGCACUCGAAUCGAUUGUCUCACCCGCGUACCAAUGGGGACAAUACAAUGUACUCAUUCUGCCACCAUCAUUCCCGUACGGCGGCAUGGAGAACCCAGUCUGGACCUACGCUACUCCUUCCAUCAUCUCUGGUGACAAGCAAAACGUCGACGUCAUCGCACACGAGCUGUCUCAUUCGUGGUCUGGUAACCUUGUCAGCGCAGCGAGCUGGGAGCACUUCUGGCUGAACGAAGGCUGGACCACCUACCUUGAACGUAGAAUUGCCGCUGCCAUUCACGGAGAGGCGCAUCGCCAUUUCUCUGCUAUCAUCGGCUGGAAAGCUCUGGAGCAAAGCAUCGAGAACUAUGGCGCAGACCACCCCUACACUAAGCUCGUUCUCGAUCUCAAGGGUCAAGAUCCAGAUGACGCAUUCUCCUCCAUACCUUACGAGAAAGGUUUCCAUGCUCUUUACCAGUUUGAACUGCUUCUUGGAAAGGACAAGUGGGAUUCCUUCAUCCCACACUAUUUCGACACCUUCAAGUUCAAGUCAGUCGAUUCAUACGACUUCAAGAGCUGUCUGAUAGAGUUCUUCGAGAAGGAUGCUGAGAGCAAGAAGAAGCUUGAUGACUUUGACUGGGAUAAACUCUUCUACGCGCCCGGUUAUCCUGUGAAGCCAGACUUUGAUCAGACUAUGGUCGAGAGUUGCUAUGAGCUUGCAGACAAGUGGCAAAGCCUAGUUUCUUCCGAAUCCGGAGACUUCAAGCCCCAAGCUUCAGAUAUUGGAGGCUGGGUAUCUAACCAGUCGGUUGUCUUCCUCGAAAAACUCCAAAACUUCGCUUCCAAGUUCUCAGCCGACCAAAUUCACUUGCUAGGCGCAACGUAUGGCUACAACGACACCCAGAACAUUGAAGUUCUAUCACGCUACCUGAGUAUCGGACUCAUGGCCAAGGCACAAGAGACGUACGAGCCAGCAGCGACUUUGCUAGGCAAGAUUGGUCGUAUGAAGUUUGUGCGACCCAUGUUCAGGUUGUUAAACGAGGCGGAUCGUGAUCUGGCUGUCAGCACAUUUGAGAAGAACAAGGAGUUUUACCACCCAAUUUGUAGGCAGAUGGUUGAGAAGGAUUUGUUCGAAGAGAAGAAAUAG